UAUAAUUCUCAACAGGAAAAAAAAAAAAAAAAAGUUAUAUUGAAACCCUGUAGUUAGAAUUUUUUUUUUUAUAAAAAAAAGUCGGGAUGAAAAAUGUAAAUAAAAGGGCUUAAAAUAUGAGGAUUGGAUAUUUUUUAUCCAAGUAAGCGGUAGAGUGAGAGCCAUGGCUUUGGGAGCGAAGGAGGCAGCAUCUUCCAUCUUCUCAUCUUUCCCUCCAACUUCUCUCCAUCUCCAUUCAUCCAACAAAUCUCCAUCUUCAAUUAAGUUUCGCCUCUCCAAAUCUCCGCCCGCGCUGAAAUGCACUCAUCACCUUACAUUGACUAGGUCUUCCUUUCAGUUGCAAUCAGCUGCAGAAAUCCCCACAACUGUAGCAGAAGAAGAAGUAGAAAAAAUCGAAAAAUCCGGAAAUCCAAAUAGCAGAAGAAAGCUGUUUGUGCUGAACCUGCCGUGGUCCUUCUCCGUCGCUGAUAUCAAGACACUGUUUAGUGAAUGUGGCGCUGUUUCCGACGUUGAGAUUAUAAAGCAGAAAGAUGGGAAGAACAGAGGAUUUGCGUUUGUUACGAUGGCUAAUGGUGACGGUGCUCAGGCUGCUAUCGAAAAAUUUGACUCUUAUGAAGUGGUUGGCCGGAUUAUCAGAGUACAAUUUGCUAAGAGAUUCAAGAAACCUGUUCGUCCUGCUCCUGUAGUGGCUCCUCCACCCGGAGAGACCCGCCAUAAGCUUUAUGUAUCUAAUCUUGCGUGGAAAGUGAGAUCAAAUGACCUUCGAGAAUUAUUCUCAUCCAACUUCAAUCCUGUUUCAGCUAGAGUCAUAUUUGAUAAUCCUUCAGGAAGGUCAGCUGGAUAUGGAUUUGUAUCUUUUGCCACAAAAGAGGAAGCAGAAUCUGCAAUCAAUGAAUUAGACGGGAAGGAGUUGUUGGGGAGACCAAUUCGUUUGAAAUUUAGUGAAAGAAACUCCAAUGCUUCUGAAAGUAAAGAAGAAUCAAACUCCGAUGAUGCAGAGAGUGAGGCAGAGUCGAGCGGAGAAGAGUCUUAAGCUCGUCCCCCUUCUUGAAAACAAGAAAACGAUGGCUGAAAAACCUGCUCACUUUCAGUCUCUUGAUGAUAAAGAAUAUUGCUGGCAGUUUACUUUUGUCUUGCACAAUUUUUGUUAGGGUGCGUCUGCUUUGAUAGCAUUUUCACCAUUUUCUAACUGUUUUCACAUGUUCUGUAUAUGGUGGAUAAUUUUUCUCAAGUAAGGUUGUUGAGAAAUCAAGAUUGCGGAUCGGCAUCCAA